UAUUUACUUCAGUUGGACGAAAAAUUCUGUUAAGACCCCAGAGAAUGAAAAAAAAAAAAAAAAAAACAAAUUUACUCCUUUAGUUUACAUGCUGUGGAUUUAGAGAGUAGAGCAUAGGAGAGAGAGAGAGAGAGAGAGAGAAAAAGGGAGAUGGAUCUGCUCGCCAACAGAGUGCAGAGAAGUGAGAUCAAGCUCGGAGACCACAUCUACACCUACAGAGCUGUCGUCACCUACUCCCACCACGGUAUCUUUGUUGGGGAAAACAAGGUGGUCCAUUUCACACCUGACAGAGAUUCGAAUUCAAACAUUUGGGUAUCUUCUGAUUCUAGCUUUUAUAACUCAAGCUUGAUCUGUUCUUCCUAUCCCGAAUGUGGGUUUAGGAAACCCAAAAGUGGUGUAGUCCGCUCUUGCCUGGAUUGUUUCCUUGGAAAUGGAUCUCUGUAUCGUUUCAAAUAUGGAGUUUCUAGAACAGUUUUCUUUGCUCAUGUGCGGGGUGGCACAUGCUCCACUGCAAAAUCUGACCCACCAGGGGCAGCUCUCCACCGAGCAUUGUAUCUUCUUCAAAGUGGAUUUGGCAAUUAUCAUGUGUUUCAAAACAACUGCGAAGACUUUGCACUUUAUUGCAAAACUGGGCUUCGGGUAGUAGACAAAAAAAACACUGAUACUAGAACAAGUGGUCAAGCCAUUUCUGUCUCUUCUGUCGUUGGUGCCUCAUUGCCUGGCAUUAUUUUUUCCUUUCUGAAGCGGCAGAAUCCAAUUUGUGCGGUUACUUUAUCGGCUGGGACGUACAGUAUGAACAGGUAUGCAAAUGACAUUGGCGUUCGAGAUGAUGUGAUCAGGGUGCGAGUGGAGGACUUGGCUGUGAACCUGGGUUGGGCAGACCCUCAUGAGGAAGUAGCUGAUGACAGUGAGGCUUCAGAGCAAGAUCUUGUUGAUUCUGCAGUGUCAGUUUCAAUUCUUGAUGGAACGAAUUUCUCUUAUUGGUCUGAACAAGUUCAGUUUUACCUUGGUCUUUGGAAUCUUGAUUUGGCACUCUGGAUUGAGAGACCGCCUACUAUUACUGAUUCAAGUAGUACGGAAGAAAAGGCUAUAUACAAGGCUUGGGAGCGAUCGAAUAGAUUGAGCAUUAUGUUUAUGCGAACGAAAAUAACAGACAAUAUUAAAUCAACUCUUCCUGAAUGUGAUAGUGCUAAAGAAUUCUUUCAAACCGUGGAAGAACGUUUCCGAUCAGUUGACAACUCUCUUACGGGGACAUUGAUGGAUAAACUUACCACCAUGAAAUUUGAUGGUACACGUGAGAUGCAUGAGCAUAUCAUUGAAAUGACAAAUUUAGCUACUAAAUUAAAGGCUCUUGGGAUGAAUGUGGAUGAGUUAUUUCUCGUACAAUUGAUUUUGAACUCUUUGCCUCCUCGGUAUGAAUCAUUUCAAAUUCAUUACAAUACUACUAAAGAUAAUUGGAAUGUAAAUGAAUUGAUCAGUAUGCUUGUUCAAGAAAAGGCAAGGCUUGAGCAACAAGGACAUCAUUCAGUUCACCUUAUAGGUCAAGGAGACAAAAGGAUACAGCUACUUGAAGUUAAUGGACCUUCUCAAGUAAUUGAGGUUCAUGAGAAGAGACAAAAUAAUGUUAUAGAGCCACCUGAAGUUAAUGAACAUCCUCAAGUAAUUGAGGUUCAUAAGAGGAGAUAAAACAAUAACAAGUGCUAUUUUUGUGGUAAGAAAGGGCAUAAACAAAAAAAUUGCCACAAACACAUGGCAUGGUUUGAAGAGAGAGUUAAUGAACCUCCUCAAGUAAUUGAGGUUCAUGAGAAGAGACAAAACAAUGUCAUAGAGCCACCUGAAGUUAAUGAACAUCCUCAAGUAAUUGAGGUUCAUAAGAGGAGACAAAACAAUCGCAAGUGUUAUUUCUGCGGUAAGAAUGGGCAUAAACAGAAAAAUUGCUACAAACGCAGGGCAUGGUUUGAAGAGAGAGGGCUUCCUUACCAUCCAGACCUUAAACUGAGAUGAAAAUUUCAUAUUCAUGGAAAAUGGAGUCAAAGUUGCAAUUGUUGCCAUCAGGACCUUCGUUUGUUUCUAAGUACUAGUUGUUACCUAUGUUUGUUUCAAACACUAUGUCUCUUCUGUUUCUUGAAAUUUUCUUUGUCUAAACUUGAUCUUUAUAGCUAUGUGAUGGUUUCAGAUAAGGUUGUACAUGGGGUGGGAUAUUAACCGCAACUAUCUGCUAUCCGCAUAUGUUGAUCCAGUUAACAAAA